AUGAAAGUAAUUCUCGCUGGUUCAACCGGCUUCAUUGGCCGCGAAACCCUCAAUCAAUGUCUACGAAAUCCUGCCAUUACCUCUGUGGUAGCUCUUAGUCGACGCGAUCUACCAGCCCAUGGAAAACUACAAGUGACACUAAUGAAGGACUUCGUUUCAUACCCCGCCUCUGUCCGUGAGAAUCUUAAAGACGCCGAAGCUUGUAUCUGGACAAUCGGUUUGAUCCCUAGCACGGCAUUCAAGGAUGACGACGGAGCAACCGCCCGCCGGGUCAGUAUAGAAUACACCAUGGCGGCGGCGGAAGCAUUUGAAGAAACCUGUCAGAAACCAUUUCGCUUCAUUUAUGUUAGUGGUGCUGGUGCGGAGCAGGAUCAAACGAAGUCGCUCUGGGUUAUGGGAGACUACCGAAGGAUUCGGGGUUUGGUAGAGUCUGAGUUAUUAAAUUUUGCGAAAGCACAUUCUGACUUCACGUCGUAUAUUGUGCGGCCUGCUAUGGUGAUUUCAAACGAAGUUACAUUGCACAGUCUUUUCUAUAGGCUUGGACCAUCUGUGCGUGUCGAUGCGAUUUCUAAAUUCAUGGUGGAGCUGGCUGUGAAGGGUGACGAUAAGAUCGUUUGGGAGAACUCGGAGAUAAAGUAG